UAAUCAUCAAUAUCAUCAUUUAUAUAAAGUGAAACAUUCCAGAAUUUACGUAGACAUCGGUGAAAUUUAUAAUCAUGAGGUUGAUAUUUUUGGUCGCACUUAGCUUUACUGCUUACGUGACAGCAGUGCCAAUGUUACAAGAGGAAACGACUUAUCCUCGAUUCAUUGAAUUCCCCGAUGGAGAUGGUGUAAUGCACACAGUGGAUCUAGAAGCAGAACCCGACAUGAAACUUCUGGAAGAAAUUAAUAGAAAUCCAGCUAACAACCGGUAUCUUCUUUAUACCAGACGGAAUCGCAGAAACGCUCAAACAUUAGUUAUUAACAAUGCCAACUCAGUUACGUCAUCUCACUUCAAUGGGCGCGUACCCACCGUUGUCGUCGUCCACGGAUGGCUGAGCAAUCAAAAAUCUAGCUUAAAUGAUGUCAUUCGUGAUGCUUACUUAGCAAAAAGUGACGUCAACGUUAUUAUCAUGGAAUGGAGAAGACUGGCGACUUCAGACUACGCGACCGCAGUGAGAGGAGUACCUGCAGUGGGCCGUGGGCUGGGACAGUUCUUGGCUUUCCUCAACCGUGUAGCAGGAGCGCCGUAUAAUACCAUGCACUUGAUUGGAUUCAGUUUGGGAGCACAUCUUGUCGGAAACGCUGGCAGAGAAAUUGGAGGAAGAGCAGCUCGUGUUACUGGAUUGGACCCAGCUGGACCUUUGUGGAGUAACAACUCAAACCGCCUUAGAGCUAGUGAUGGUGUUUAUGUCGAGGGUAUACACACGGACGGAGGUACUGCAGGACUGGGAAUCGGAGCAGCAUGUGGUAAUGCCGACUUUUUCCCUAACGGUGGAAAAUCACAACCUGGAUGUGGAACUGGUAUUUGUGACCACAAUCGUUCUUGGGAACUAUUCGCUGCGACCGUCACAUAUAACCAUCUUGUCGGUGUACGAUGCAACAACAUGAACCAAGUCAACUCUAAUUCGUGCAGUGGUUCAAGAUUGAAUAUGGGCAAUGAUAUUCUAAACAAAUCUGGAUCUGGCCUGUAUCGUCUUAAUACCGGCAGAAGACAUCCAUUCUAAUUGCAUAUGUUUUCGACUGAUGAAUAAAGGCUUAAUAGUUUUUGCAUAUUCUU